CUGGCUGAAGAGUCUGGGGAAAAAACAGCCAUUUUCGUCUAUUAGCUGUCACAGUGGAUGCACACUAGGAUAGCAUCACAUCUUUUUUUUUUACACGUAAUAAAAUCUCAUAGAGUAACCAACACCGUGAACAUUUUCGAGCUGGGGUCCUGUCCUCUACUGUCACUGUCAGUCCGGCGGCUUGACGUCCGUGGACUUGACGCAGGUCCGUCUGGUCUGGAGCAUCACAACAUUGUCCUGCCGCUUUGUUCGAGGGUCGCUAAACAUCGCACUUGUCUUCGAUGAAGUGUGAAUGAAACCAGGCUAUGUCCACCAUGGUGUAUCCACGUGAAGAAGCCCUGGAGCGACUGAGCCAGGAUGAGAUCGUCCUCAACACUAAGGCUGUGAUGCAGGGCCUGGAGACGCUGCGCGGCGAGCACGCCCAGCUCCUCAAUUCGCUGCUGGACUGCACCCAGCCGCCUGUCGCCCAGGAGAAGUCCGGCCUGCUCCGCAAGAGCCUGGAAGCCAUCGAGCUGGGCUUGGGAGAGGCGCAGGUGAUCAUCGCCCUCUCGAGCCACCUGAGCGCCGUGGAGUCGGAGAAGCAGAAGCUGCGCGCCCAGGUGCGCCGCCUCUGCCAGGAGAACCAGUGGCUGCGCGACGAGCUGGCGGGGACGCAGCACAAGCUGCAGCGCAGCGAGCAGAACGUCGCCCAGCUGGAGGAGGAGAAGAAGCACCUGGAGUUCAUGAACCAGAUCAAGAAGUUCGACGACGACGUCUCGCCCUCGGAGGAGAAGAGCCAGAGCUCGAGCGCGGGCAGGGGAGGCGGAGGGGACGCUUCAAAGGACAGCCUGGACGACUUGUUCCCCAACGACGACGACCAGGGAACAGCCCAGCCCAGCGGAGAAGUGGCGGCCCAGCAGGGAGGCUACGAGAUCCCGGUCCGCCUCAGGACGCUGCACAACCUGGUGAUCCAGUACGCGUCCGAGGGGAGGUACGAGGUGGCCGUGCCGCUCUGCAAACAAGCCCUGGAGGACCUGGAGAAGACGUCCGGGCACGACCACCCCGACGUCGCCACCAUGCUCAACAUCCUGGCCCUGGUGUACAGGGAUCAGAACAAAUACAAAGAGGCUGCUUUCCUCCUGAACGACGCCCUGGCCAUCAGGGAGAAGACGCUGGGGAAGGACCACCCGGCUGUGGCCGCGACCCUCAACAACCUGGCCGUGCUGUACGGCAAAAGGGGCAAAUACAAGGAGGCCGAGCCCCUCUGCAAGAGAGCGCUGGAGAUCAGAGAGAAGGUGCUGGGGAGGUAUCACCCCGAUGUAGGCAAGCAGCUUAACAACCUGGCCCUGCUGUGUCAGAACCAGAGCAAGUACGAGGAGGUGGAGUACUACUACAGACGGGCCCUGGAGAUCUACGAGUCUAAGCUGGGAGCCGACGACCCCAACGUGGCCAAGACCAAAAAUAACCUGGCCACGUGCUACCUGAAGCAGGGGAAGUUCAAAGAUGCUGAGGCUCUGUACAAAGAGAUCCUGACCAGGGCACACGAGAAGGAGUUUGGAUCCGUUAACAAUGACAAUAAACCGAUCUGGAUGCACGCAGAGGAGCGAGAAGAGAGCAAGGGUGAACGCAAGGACUCUGGCCCGUACGUGGAAUACGGAAGCUGGUACAAGGCCUGCAAGGUGGACAGUCCAACAGUGAACACAACCCUCAAAAGCCUGGCGGCGUUGUACCGUCGCCAGGGCAAACUGGAGGCAGCGGAAACACUGGAGGAGUGCGCCAGCAAGUCACGCAAACAGGGUAUCGAUGCCUUUAACCAGAGCAAGGUGGUGGAGCUGCUGAAGGACGGAGGAGCGGGAGGGAGCGACAGACGACACAGCAGGGAAGGAGUGAACGGGCCGGGGGGGCAGAGGGGGGAGAACGAGGGCGACGACUCCGCCGAGUGGAACGGGGACGGCAACGGGUCCCUGCGUCGCAGCGGCUCCUUUGGGAAGAUCCGCGACGCUCUGAGGAGGAGCAGCGAGAUGCUGGUGAAGAAACUGCAGGGGAGCGGACCUCAAGAGCCCCGCAACCCAGGAAUGAAGAGAGCAAGCUCCCUCAACUUCCUCAACAAGAGCACUGAGGAAACCACACAGGAUGCCAACUCUGGACUCUCAGACUGCAGGGGACUAAGCGCCAGCAACGUGGACCUAACCAGACGCAGCUCCCUGAUUGGCUAGACAGAGACAGGAGGCGGGACUCGGGAGAAGGGAGGCUCGGUUUGAUCAAACUACUCACUUAAAGCUCAAAGCGAGAUCAAACGCCUGCAGCAUAUUUUUUAAAGAACACUGAGGGGAAGAGAAAAAAAAAAAGAAUCACCACACUAAGCGUCAUCCCGUAAGACGUCGCCGCUUCGCUGUACAAACCUCGGCCACCAAUCAGAAAAAGAGAAUAUUUAGAUACACAUUUAUGAGCAUGCUGCUUACUAGAAAGUGGAUUGUCUGCACCUGAACGCCUCGUGUUUUCGAGUCUUAGCGCCGUAGCAAAGCAUCGUGUUCACAUCGACCUGCGCGUGCAGACACUCAACCUUUAGGUAGGCUCACUAUACUCCGGGUCCGGCUCAGAGAGACCCGCUGCACUUUGUACAUUUCACAAGUAGCAUGAACUAUCAACUGAUGCUAACAUCCAUCGGUAGAAAACUAGAUUUUAACUUAAAGUAAAAACAGGAUAAAAGCUUCUGGGAUUCUCAAAAACACCUUAGCACUAACCAUUCAACCUCACUAUUUGCCUUCUUGUUUUUUUUAUGUAUAUAGUUUUAAAUUAUUCCAUUCUUUGUAUAUAGUGCACAUGCUUUUCUUUUUGUUUACACUUUUAUUGGUUUAAAGGGGGAUCUUCGUUGAGAAACAAAUACUGAUAAUGUGAAGGGAGGAGGCGAUGGAAGGAACGAUGGAAGGAGAAGUGUUCAGGUGAACGCUGGUCACAGAUGCUGAUAAAUGAAUUACCUCGGUCACUGAAACCUGCUCCUAGCCCUCAAGGUUUCAGUCUCAACUAUAACAGUGCACUUUGAGUGUAACGGUACUGAUAUUUACUGAUGGUAGCGAUCACUGCGUCCUAGUUGACGUAAAAACCUCUUCAAAUGAACUUUCUCGAUGCCUCGUCGAGUGAAUCCUGCAGGAGAAGGUUCAUUUGAAAGCACAUUUACAAAUAAACCUCAGCAUUUCUCCUAAAAACUACCUAUGUGGUAUCACGGGAAGUUCAAUCAAACACAAUAAUCAACACUUUCAGGUACCCUUGACUGACGAGAAUAUAAAUAUUCAUAAGCCUGAAUAAAAUUGGAGGAAAAUGAUGUUGAAGAAAUGUCUGAAAGACUUAGUUUACAAUCAUUACAGCAGGAUACGAGAGGCUUAAUCAGCCCUCGGUUAAGAAUAUGGGGAAGGAUCUUUAUUAUUUGUUAAAGGCCGAUGCAGUGCAUCAGCUUCAACACGUUUACGUUCAUCAACAGGAUUCCUCUUGUGUCUUGUUUCGAUGUUCUUGGCCUCAUUUACCUUUUGCUGUUUGUACAUAACGAUCGCCACUGCUGAGUUUUUAAAUGCCGACCCGGGUGGAUUCCAUCAGCGGGAAUCAAAGAUCCAAUCCACCCGCGGUGAAUUAUUGUCGUGUUUUUUUCUGGCUCUGAGCUUUUAUGUUGAAGGUUAUUUGAAUGUUAUUUUUAAUGUUGAGUGCGGAGGCAUUGACACUGGGUCGUCCUCUUUCGCUGUUUGCAAUGAGAUAAACUCCACCAAAAUAAGAACACUACCAAGAGAACUGUCCACCGAAUGUACACGUCUUAUUGAGCUGAAAUUAGACUCGGCGUGGUCACGUCAUCGGCCUUUUUUCGCUUUCUUACGAGACGCGAGAAGGCCAGAAAAGGUGGACGCAGCCUGACCGUGGUUUCGAGGCGCAGGUUUAUCGCGAAGGCGUCCUGUCAAACGCUGGUGCGUGCACACCAUCGCCGUAUGCCCGGAUGAACCCAAGUCACCCUCCUUGAAAUCAUGAAAUCAGCAGAAACGUCCACACUCCCCGAGUCUAAGAAGUGCUCAUUUUCCUAUCGGCUUCUGAAUGUGCGAGGCGGCCCAGGACUGGAACUGUAACAAAGAAAUGCAUGCUUGAAGGAAAGGGGAAAAGAAAGUGAAUGGAAGUGCUUUGGGAGGACUGCGGAAAAGGAAAAGUGCUUUAAGUGUCGUUUGCAGCAAAUAAUGUACAGGAGUCUCUGUGUAUCACCUCUAUGUACAUGUUCUACAAAACAAAUCACUCAACACUGUGUAGCUGUGUACGAAUAAGUUAGUAAAACACUAAUUUGUAGCUGAGGAUCCAAUAAACGUCAUUUCCAGUAUACACUAUUAAUCGGUCACUUAUUCACCCUGGGUUGGUUCAGUGUGCAAACUCCAUGAACAUAGGAGCUCCUAUUUUGUCCAAAUGCUUGUAAAUAAUUGUCUUGAAUCACUGUUGUAGGUAGGAAAUGAUCCAAAGCUUAGAAAAUCAAUCAAAUUCUUUCUUUUUUGUGCUUCUUGUCCACACACUUAUGGAGAUCAGUGCAUCUACUCAGAGCCGUGUUAGUCAUCGAGGGUCUCGUGGGAACUGGUUGAUGGAUCUAACUGUGACGGGGGCCAACCUGAUGUGUAUUUUAUCAAAGGUUCAAUAAACACAAAUUCCACUUUUCAAAC